GGCACCACCAACGUGACGGUUAUCUAAAAUUUUUUGUUUUAACAUUAAUGCACUCAAUUGAUUAAAAUGAAUCCAAGUAAGAAAAAGGAAAAUGACCGAUUCAGCGACUCUUCUUCGUAUCUUUCGAAAGAUAGUGAGGAAGAGUUUGGAAUUGAGUUGGAUCGUUUGAAUCAACUGUAUCAAAAUGCAACUUCACUGGACGUAUACCCUGGUGCAGAACCUAUGCAUUAUGAUUUUGUCGCUGAGCGACAUAUCUUGUAUCCUACUCGCAUUUGGGAGUCACUAGCGCACCUUAUUAAAACGUGUUUGGGUGCGGGUUUUUUGGGUAUCCACGAAGCUUACAUGUACGGAGGAAUUUGGACUUCAUUGGUUUCUUCGAUUUUUAUUACAAUUAUAUCCACUUAUAACAUGUUAUCACUCGCUAAAUCAGCACACAUACAGUAUAAUAGAUUGCGUACACCAAAACUGUCAUAUCCUGAUCUGGUCGAAGUAACUGUGAAGUAUGGGCCGGUGCGGUGUUUCAGAAAAUGGAGCAAAGCCUUUAGAUACGCGGUGGACACAUGCCUGUUCAUAGAACUAUGUAGUGUAUGCUGUGUGUAUCACAUUAUGAUAGCCUCUACUUUGAAACAGUCUCUAGAAGUGGUAUCAGUAUACAUGGCAGAUUUGGCUUUGAAUAUCAGAAUCUACAUUUUGCUGGUUCUAUUACCAAUCCUACUGAUUUCUUUUAUCAGGAGUUUGAAGUACUUGGCACCUUUCUCUUUGGUAGCAGAUGCAUUUAUUGUACUUUGUGCAUUCACAGCCAUAUAUUACAGCAUAAAACAAGCAAAAAAUAUCAACGAUGUACCAGGCUGGAAAGGUUUCUAUGGAUUUUUCAGAUUCUCUGGUGUCUUCAUGUACAGUAUAGAUGGAAUCACUAUAAUAAUGCCUAUUGAAAACAUUAUGGAGCGACCAUUAAGCAUACCUUUUGUUAUUCAUGUUGGUAUGACUAUUGUGGUGAUCCUAACAAGUUUUGUUGGAUUUUUUGGAUACUGGGGCUGGAGAGAGGACUGUAAAACUCCAAUUACUACUAACAUGCCUGUAGAGACAGGAACCUUAAUUUUACGAUUCCUAAUUAUAAUAAUGUUCACGGCGACAUACGCUGUUCAUUUCUGGGUACCGUUCAGAAUAGCGUGGCGCUAUUUGGGAAGAAAAAUCAAAAGGAAACGAGCUCGAUGCGAGAGAUUAUACAGGACGGCAUUAGUUACAAUAAUAUGUUUAGUUUGCAUCGGUCUGCCUAAUAUGAAUAUUCUUAUGAGCUUUGUUGGCAAUUUCUUUAUAGCAUUUCUGACAUUCAUCUUUCCAGCUUUCAUCGAUUCCAUGGUUACAUGGGAUCGAAAUAAUCCUUAUCACCACUUAAAAUUAAUAAAAAACUUCUCUAUAAUGGCGUUCGGGGCCGUACUUACCAUUGGAUCAUUAUAUUCAUACCUAGAAUUUUACUUGGCCUAGAUUUCAUUAAAAUUAUUCAUUAGUUUUCUUUUUAUACACGUGUAUAAUGUAGGCAUACUGUUUUUU